AUUAAUGAUACAACAAUGAUGCGGUUAGGAGAUAAAUGUUCUUGCAAAGACAAAAUCUUGUCAACCGUUACAAAAUAUUCGGACCUAGACCCCGCUCUAUGUCAGGAGCUGCGAAAAAUCGUAGAAACUUUGAUCGCGCCAGGAAAAGGGUUGCUAGCAUGCGACGAAUCUCCAACCUCCUUAGAAAAGCGAUUCAACGAACUGAACAUAGAAAACACAGAAACCACACGACGCGAUUACCGACAAAUGUUAUUCACAGCCGACAAGUCCCGACUCUCAAAAUAUAUUAGCGGUGUUAUUCUGCAUCACGAGACAGUUUAUCAGAAAACCACGGACGACAUUGACUUCAUCGAGCUGCUACGCCAGAGAAAUGUCGUACCCGGCAUUAAGGUCGACAGAGGUUUGGUCGAGCUAUUUGGCACGAAGGACGAAAACACCACGGAAGGUUUGGACAGUUUGCAGGAGAGAUGCAUCCAGUAUAAACGAGAUGGCUGCCAUUUCGCAAAAUGGCGAUGCACGUAUACCAUCUCGGAGACCACGCCGAGUCAGCUGGCCAUGGCUGCGAAUGCGAACGUCCUUGCAAGAUACGCCAGUAUAUGUCAGAGUGCACGAAUCGUACCAAUCGUAGAACCAGAAAUAUUAAAUACCGGCAAUCAUGGAAUAAAUAGAGCAUUAGAGGUUCACGAAGAAGUACUAUCAGUUUUAUUCCGUGCUUUAAAUGAGCAUCGGGUUUAUCUUGAAGGAAUGAUUCUGAAACCUGCUAUGGUUUUGUCAGGAAUACAAAAUAAUGUUAAUUGCACGCCUCAGAUCGUUGCCGAGUAUACGUUAAAUGCUAUGCAAAGAACAGUGCCCCCAGCAGUGCCAGCGAUUUUAUUUUUGAGCGGCGGGCAAUCAGAUACAGAGUCUGUUUUUAAUUUGAACGCCAUUAAUACUUACGAAGGGAAAAAACCGUGGACGCUGAGCUUCUGCUAUGGACGUGCUUUACAAAAUACAGCGAUGAAGGUUUGGGGCGGAAACGCAGACAACAACGAACAAGCUCAAGAAGUUUUUCUAGAAAGAGCUAGACUUUGUUCUGAAGCGGCUUUAGGACAAGUACAAUUAAGUAAUGGUAUCUGCACCAAGAGAACCUCUCGCUGAAAUUAUUAAAUAUUUAUAAGAAAUUAUGGAAAUCAUUAAAGAUUCUUAAUGAUAUUUUUUAGU